AUGGAGGAUGCAAACAAUGCUAGCCAUGGUCAGCCUAAGCCCGAGCUUGGUCAGACUUCCUCACAGCCAGUUAUUACUGGAGCAUUGGGAAACCCACAGUUCCAUUACCGGACACCAGGGAAUGAGGAGCGAACCCCAAAUAGCAAUGUACCAUUCAAUCUGGCUCAGUUAAGUCAAUUCUCUCCCGUACAAUUGCAAACCGUAGCGUCAUUCAUCCAGAUGCUAACAGGUAAUCCUCAACAAAACACUCCUCCCCAACAAUCUGGUGGAACCCGUAAGCGACCACUGGCUACGGCCGGUAGGAACGCGGACGGUACCCCGCUCCGAAAGAUGCAAUCCUUGGGUAAGGAGGGGCGUGAGAUGGAGAGAAAGAUAGAUCGAUCUGACUACGAGGAAGAGAUUCUAGAGACGGAGGAGCUAUACCACUCUAAAGAAGAAACGAGGGUUACUCCCAAGCUCUCUCCCUUUACUUCGGAGAUAUUAAAUCACCCUAUGAUGAGGAUCAAGAUGCCGUCCUCCAAGUACGAUGGCACUUCGGAUCCAGACGAUCAUGUUGCAGCCUAUGAGGGGUACAUGUUCCUUUAUACUCAGGUGGAUGUCAUCUUGUGCAAAGUUUUCCCAUCAACUCUGACGGGAAUAGCUCAGACGUGGUUUAAAAGCCUCAAACCAGGUAGCAUCUCUAGUUUCUCUCAGCUAUCGUCUAUGUUUAGUACGCAUUUUGUAAGUAAUAGGCGCCGUGAGCGCACUACGGGAGAAUUGCUCCCAAUCAAGCAAGGUGUCAAUGAGUGUUUGAGGGAUUAUAUCAGCCGUUUCAAUGUCGAGGCGGUCUCGAUACCUCGACUGCAGCAGGACGUGACCGUUUUGGUUCUAAUGACAAAACUUAAGGAGGGAUCACCCUUCCGGAACUAUUUGGGCCGAAAAUCCUAUACGUCUUUGGGUCCCGUCCUUGGCAAGGCCAAUGAUUAUAUAAGAGGAGAAGAGUUUGAUAAAGCCAUAAGCAGCCGAGAGUCAGAAAAGAAGGAGGAUAAGCAGAAAAAGGAGAAAGGUCGCGAAGUGGACCGGGGCCGAGAUGAAAGAAAGCAAGAAUCAAACUGGUCAAAAGAGGAAAUGAUCGGGAAAGGGAAAACGAGAAGUAUGACCGCGAUCGCAGAGAUUGUGAAAAAAGCAGCCGAGAGGGGGGUGAACGCAAGGAAAGAUUUGAUACGUACACUCAACUUACCACCUCAAGAAGCCAGAUUUUUCUAA